AUGUCCCACGCUACCUAUCUCUAUACCCGAAUUCGGGAAGUUCUACCCUGGAGCGGAGGUGAUCCGAAUGUCAAGGGAGAUCCUCGAAAGAGUGUCAAAUGGAUUGAUGGUCUGCGAGGUAUUGCCUCCUUCUUGGUCGUUCUCACUCAUUUAGCCCGCGCCUGGGAUUAUGAUCUCUUCGCUCCGCGGGAUCGAGAGGAUGUCCCUCCUCGAUUGCUGCAGCUGCCUGUUUUCCGGAUUCCGUGGCAGGGUCGAAUCGGCGUCACCAUCUUUGCCUUUCUCACCGGCUAUGUAUGUGCCUUGAAGCCCAUCAAGCUCACUCGGAACGGCAACCACCUCGCUUCCUUCACGGCUAUUGCGAAGAGUGCCUUCCGCCGACCACCUCGUCUCAUCAUGCCGGCAACGAUCGCGUUAUUGAUAUCUUGGGUGAUGGCACAGUGCAGGGCCUUUGUUGUCGCCAACCGCUCAGACUGCUGGUGGUGUCGAUAUGCCGCUCCGGAUCUCGAGGAUUCCUUCUGGAAGGAGUUCCUGCGACUAUUCAAGAACUUUCUGACUACUUGGACAACCGGAUACAUGGCCUACGAUGAUCACCAGUGGGCCUUGUUGCCUCUUCUGUUGACCUCCAUGUUGGUGUAUAUUAUGCUCUGUGUCACGAUGUUUAUGCGUUUCCGCUGGCGGUUGGUUGUCUAUUUGAUCAUGUUCCUUUACUUCCACCAAGAUGCGGCCAAAAAUACAGAAACUUUCCAAAUGCAAGGAAUUUACGGCAUGUUCCUUAGCGACCUUUCCUACGAAGUGUCCUUCCAAGAGUUCAUCGAAAAGUGGAAAUGGCCCCGACGUGCCUUUGCCGCCCUCAUAUUCGCUGCCGGUCUCUUUAUCGCGGGUUAUCCUGGCGAACACCCCGAAUGGAGCGACUGGUCUAAUGUCAUGCUCAAGAUCUCCCACUAUAUCUUCCCGCCCGACGUCAAUGUUGGCAAACGCUACUCCGCUAUCGGCGUUGACCUGAUCAUCCUCGCCAUUUACCUUUCUCCCCGAGCCAAGGACUUUCUCUCCAACCGCCUUCUUCUUUGGCUGGGGGGACAGAGUUUCGCCGUGUACCUGGUCCACGGAACUCUGCUCCGCACUGUGCUCUGCUGGAUGCUUUACGGCAUCACUGGCCAACCGUUCGACCCCGAGAAGAAGCAAGAAAACGGCGAGCCCGUGUGGAUCCCGAUCCGUCCGCCUUGGGUGGUGGCCAUCAGUAUUCCACUGUGGAUUAUUCUGGUGUAUGUCUGCGCCUAUCUCUGGACGAAAUACGUUGAUCCAUUCUGCGCCCGCAUGACGCAGAAACUGGAGGAGAUGAUGUUCGUUCAGGACGAGAAACCUACUCAUGAGCUCCCUCUAACGUCCGUGCCGAUGCAAACUGCGUAG